AUGCCCGGGAACUUCUUUAAUUGGAAACGGACUGUGGUGUUUUUGACUGUGGUGGGGGCACGCAACAGUCUUGCUGUUGCACGAAUGGGCAGGUCCGUCCGGGCGAGCUCGAAUCUGCAGCGCUCUGCAUCUUCAAACACUAACAGGGAGAUAAGGAGCGAGAGAGCCAGCGCACAGCCGAAAAAGGCUAGCGCGGAUAUUUUCGACCUCGACGCUUACCGGUGCUUGGCGCAAGUGUUGUAUAGAAAACUUGGGCGAAAAAUCACUAGCCUGGACAGACGUAGUCGCCGCGAGCCCGCGUUAGAGCCACCCCUGGGCGUUGCAGUGCCGGGAAAGUGUAACAAACGCGAGCUCUCAAAGGCCUGUGUGCAUUUUAAACUAGGGCCCCUCGGAUACGACUACGUGCCGUGCCAAGGUCUUAUGCAGCUGCACACAGUCGAAAAUAACGAAAAUCAUAUUCUGCUGGCGCGGCGGCCGCUUUCGUCUGCCUCGACUAGUGGAAUAGCUAUCGCACCCGACCGUUCUGACUGUGUUAGGGCCACGAAAAAGUCUUCGCUGUUGCACGAAUUGGCAGACUGUAUAAAGCUUCACCGGGGCACAGAGCCCGUCAAAGGGCUGGGUUUUCACAAGCUUGAUCCCCCCGAAGAGACCCUAAACAGUCACGCCUGUGGAAAUGCGUGGAUAAAAGAAGUGAGAGGAUUGUCGGCUGAGGGCUAUCGAGGACCGAAUAUGGACCACGCUAGACAGUGUUUUAGUCUCGAAGAAGCUGACAAAGAAACUGCGCUUUAUCUUGUU